GUAUUGCGUGGUGUUUGGCUUCCCUGCGUGGGCUGUUUAACCAAAGAAAAUGUCUGAAACUCGAUAUCGGCAAAAAUUAUCACCAAAUGGCCAUGAAAAUCAAGCUAAUGGCUUUCCUCAUGUACUGGCAAAUAACAACAAUGCCAGUUCUGAAAACAGAGUGUAUAAAAUAGGAGACAUGCCGGAGUAUUUGCGUUUUAAUCCGUUCGUGAAAGCCGGUUAUCGGCGACAAAUGAAUGCCAAAGAGUGUUGUCAAAGUUUAUUAUUUUUUCAUAAUGAAACUGUCAAUAUAUAUACUCAUGGUAAGUCUAUUAUAGUUCACUGAUUAAUUGUUUGGUAAAAUUCACUCGAGAAAUUUAAAUGUUUAAUAUGGUUUUGUUUUGUAAAUAUUCAUUCGAGCUAAAACGCUUCAUUAUAUAAAACUGAAUACAUAAUAUUGUGCAUCAGUGCUCAGAAGGAACUCUGAUUGUUUAGACACUUAAAUGUCAAUCAAAGGAAGAUAUAAAAAGUUCUUUGAUUUGUUAUUUAUUAGUGAACCUCUUUGUGAGAACAUUAAAUAUCUUAUAAGAUUUUGUAUUGUUUUGGAUUUUUUAAUAAGGCCGAUUACAGUACACAAUGUUUUUGAUAUGUUACUCUGAGUGUAUAUCCACACCGGGCGCAGGCUGAAAAGUUAGCCUGACCGCGGUGGGAAUGGAACCCGCAACCUUUGGGAUACUAGUCCAAUGCUCUGCCAACUGAGCUAUGUGACCAAGUUUCUUCAAGUGUGUGGUAUUUCGGAACUAAGUCUAGUACCUUCAAUAUGGAUAUACACUCAAAGUAACAUAUCAAAAACAUUAUAUUCACCUGAGUACAUAACAUCAAAACUUACACUACACAACUUUGGCCUAAAACUGUCGCAUGCAAACUGCUUACAACUUGUGUGAAAAUAUAUUGUAUAAAAAUAUAUCAAUAAAAGGCAAAAGCAUAUUGACUGGACUCAGACUUUUGACCCCCAAUAUAUGUAGGUGCGGUCGUAGACGUUUGUGAGAGUGACGGCGAUACACAUUUUUUAUGCGAUUCCACAGUUCGGUGAAAAGGCCGAUUUACACUGCACAACUUUGGCCUAAAACUGUCGCAUGCAAUCUGCUUACAACUUGAGUUGUACUGUGUAAAUCAAGCACACAACUUGUCAUUCCGAGCACUUGUGACCUUAAUGGAGUCCCUUACUUGAUACGGUAACUGUACCAUAUUCAAGGGCAGAGUGCUGCUCCAGAAUGGGUUAAUCAGACUAUGUGCCCCUGUUAACCCUCUAAGUGGCAAGGAUGCACCCCAUUUCAUUAUUUUACUCUCAAGAGUGCAUGGGUUAACAUAUAUGUACCUUUUCAUUUAGCUAUAUCUGGAAUUCUGAUGCUGUUUUGGAUACCAUACGCAAGCAUACCAUCAAUCAACGCAAACUACACCCUCUACGUCUUACACUACAUUGGCUGUCUCUCACCGUUCAUUGGAAGCACAAUCUACCAUCUAUUCAUGUGUCACACUAGUGGAUCUGUUACUUACGACCGUCUACUCAAGUUUGACAUGUGUGGUAUCUGGGCUAUUAAUGCAUUUGGUGGAAUAACUGCCAUUAAAGCAACUUUAUAUUGCUCUCCAAAUAUUGGGAAUUUUUGUGUAGUGUUGUAUUUCCUAACUGCAUUCGUUAUUCUAUAUUUGGUCCUCACUGCCAAGAAUGUAAAAGAAAGAUUUAAACCAUUACUGUUGUUUGGGGUAUGCCGAUACACAUUACUAGCUGUCCGAGGUGUCAUGUUGUAUUAUAACCUAGCUGCUGGUGAUUCAAGGGCAAUAAUUUAUUAUAUCCUCAUGGAUCUUGCUGCAUUAAUAGGUGGAAUACUGAACGUUAUUCGUUUUCCAGAGCGUUAUAUUCCUGGCAAACUAGAUUACUGUUUUAAUAGUCAUAAUUUGAUGCAUGUUGUGGUAACAUUUUGUCCAAUACUGUUGCAUUGUGGAACAAUGUUAGAUUUCAACUGGAUGGCAAAUAAUCAAUGUUAAAUCUUUGUUAUGAUAUUUUGUUACUGUUUCAUUGUAUUAAAAUAUAAUAAAAGUUCAG